ACUGGUAGCCUCUGUGGAGAUCAUAAAUCAUGUCUUUUCUUAUUACCUUCCUGUGUUUAGAUGGCCACAAAAUAUUUUGCACCCAGCUCACUCCUCUCACUUUCUUACUGUUUCUGUACCGCUGUUCCAUUUAUGUGUAUCUCUGUUCGGUUUUUGCGUUCGAUUGCAAUUUGCUGAUGAAUUAUUACCUUACCGUACCCUUGAAGUUAUGUUGAAUGUGAUACACACUACUGCGUAGCCAGCUUGACCAUAGAACUUAGCUCGUUCGUUUCGCGAAUGUUGUUUCCCGAGCACCGGUUUGUGGUCCCGGCCGGAUAAACUUAUGUUAAAUAUGUUGUGUUAGCGUAGCAGUACCGGCCAAACGUGGUUAGAUCGUCAGGCCUGCCCGUUUUUCGGAAGGGACAACAGUUCAAGGUCUUUAUGAAAAAAGCAGUAGAUGCUCUCAUAUCAGUAAAUUCAUGUAUCAUGUAUAAAGAUGUGAUGGAAAACUUUCUGUCUCUUGUGAUACUGGAAAACGCUAAGUAAAUCAUCACAGCACAGCGCCAUGGCUGCGCAGCGAUCGCUGGCGAUGGAAAGUUUUGCUGAUCAUGCUGAUAGAUAGUGUACAUAAACCUAAACACCGAUAUAUAAAACUUACGAUCGACGUAAAGAAGCGGAUAGCAAGUGAAUAGCGAAACACUUCCCUAUAGAAAUCCUUCCUAUGCCUCCGUUAAAUUUGAUCUAUCUGGAAAGCUAGAAACAGUAAAGAUCUAGUACAAGAUAUAGCUCCCGCGCGCACUAUUCAGUAGCUGUCGGGUCUCUCCAGACCCACUUAGCGCCUUUGCAAUUUCUUCUUUCCGUUAAAGUACAACACACAAAAAGCACAAACCUGCUCCCAUCACGUAUAUACAUAUUCACACAAGCACACACAAAUAUCGAAAAACAAAAAUCCAUUAAACUGCCAUGGCUAAUAAAAUGGUCGGGAAGGGUAAAUUACCGGUCGAAUCGGAAGAUGCGCAUAAGCUUCGAUUUCAGGUUGAGCUUGAGUUUGUGCAAUGUUUGGCCAAUCCCAAUUAUUUGCAUUUUUUAGCACAACGAGGAUACUUUAAGGAUGCCGCAUUUGUAAAUUACCUAAAAUAUCUGCUGUACUGGAAGGAGCCCGAGUACGCGAAAUACCUCAAGUUUCCCAUGUGUCUGUACUUCCUGGACCUGCUGCAGUACGAACACUUUCGGCGCGAAAUCGUCAGCGCGCAGUGCUGCAAAUUUAUCGACGAUCAAGCGAUCCUGCUGUGGCAGCACUACACCCGCCGGCGCACAAGGCUCACCGCGCUAGGGACUACCAGCCUGACGGGGUUGGCAGUUGGGGGGCAGCCGGUUGGCGGUGGUGUCCAGGGUACGCUACUCUCGAACGAUCCCGCCAUCAUGCCCAACAGCGGCAGUACGAAUAACAAUGGUAGCAACAAUGGAAGCGCGAUCAGCAACAACGGUGCCAACAGUGGUGGUAUCGGUGGCAUCGGUAGCAUCGGCAACAAUAAUGGUAGCAGCGGCAGCAACAGCAACAAUGGUCCCAACAGUGGCAUCGUGAAUGUUCCAACAUCGGUGGCCGGCCAGCAGCAGCAAAAUGGUGCCGGACUUGCGCAGCACAACGGCGUUGGAGGUGGAGGCGGAGGAGGUGGCGGCGGACUGCUGGGUAAUGCGAUGGGGACGAUUGGCGGUGGAAGCGGUAUACCGGGCGGUGGCAUCAAUCAAAAAGUUCCUUAAAGCUAGUGGCGCCUCUCUCUCCAACGGUCGACCAAUCGUCGUUGCUAGUGUUGAGAUGCUGCGAAACGCGUUGGAAGUUGGUUGAUUGUCGUUGGUUGUAUAAAGACUGUUUUUUUUAUAAAUAUUGCCUAGCGUACAGUGUAGAUCGUAAAGUAAUAAGAGAGACAAUUCAAUAUAUA